AUGUCCUUCCGACCCCGUGGAGAGGACUGUGCCGCUCUAGCAAUACCCACCUUUGUUGAGGACGAUCUCAUUAGCUUCGUCAGUUUCGAGGCCAAUAGUCCGCCCGCUGCGUCGAUGAAGCCUUCCUCGCCGCGGCCAACCCUGCCCAUAGACUUGCUGGACGAAGACACAAGUGAGAGACAGGGUCCAACCUCACCUCACCAAUUCUCAAAGCAACCUGAUCACCUUUCCUCUUACACUCCAGAUCCGCGCGCUGAGAGUAAAAAGAUGGGGGUCACCUCGAAACCAAGAGCUGAAACCAAGGAUAGCUUUGCCGAUGCACUGAGAAUGCUGGCUAACGGCAACCCAUUCAGCCCGAGGGGGAUCGAUACGGCCCAAGCGUCCAGAGUGAAAGAGCCGGUCGUGCUCGCUAAAGUCAUGUCCAUAGAUUCGUAUAUCGGCAGCCCUCAGCCUGUAACGCCGCUGCAGAAAUCGAGCCAACAUGAAUGGCUGGAGCCAGCCUACGACCACCAUGCAAUCACGCAGCCCCCAGCAGCGAAUCCGUCUCUUGCACCAACCAUAAUGAAUCAACCAGCCGAGCGGCCUCUAAUCCCCAAUGAGGAAUUGCUACAUGACAUGAUCCUCCAGCUUCAAGAUCUAGUCGGCGAAAACGAGCACCGGGAUAGUGCUCUGACCAACUUCAAAUCACUGUCCCCUCCGCGGCGACAUAUCCAACCCCCUCCCGGUCUCGGUCUGAAUCAAGGAGUAGAAAUCGUCGACGACGGGUACAUCCAGCAAUCAUCAUCCUCCCGGAGCGUCCAAAUGUUCCAACCAAACGAAUAUGAUGCCAGACCGAUCGUUCGGCUAACCUUGCCAGCAUACAACUCCAUGGUUGAAAAUGAGAUCAAGAUCAAGGAUGAUAUGGCGAAGGCCGACAGACGUCACCGGGACGAGCUGUACAGACUCCAGAGCGAGUUAGAUCAUCUUAAUUCCCAGGUGUUACGCCAUCAAUCGAAUCCACAGCCUUCACAAACGGGUAGCGCGUCCGCGGUACUCGAGAAGAAGGAUGACAUGAUCCGCGAGCUCAAUGGCAGGCUAGCUGCGGCACUGAUGAGUGAACGACUUGUCGACUCUCUCACAGUGGAGCUAGAGCGUCUCCGAAGCAGUCAAAAUGCCACCAUCAAUGCCCACCAGGAUGAAAAGGGAGUCCUCAUCGCAAGGAAAGAUCAGGAAAUCUCCGGGUUAAAAGCUCGGUUGAUGACGUCUGAGCAGAAUGAGAAGUCGGUCAAGGCCUUGGUAGCUGAGCGGGAUGCCCUCCUUACAAAACUGUCCGCCGCUCCAAAUGCGUCACAGCAACAGGAAAAUAUAACUAAGCUAGCUAAGCAAGAGAAGGAAAUUCUUAAUCUCUAUGCAAAGAUUGCAACUGAGGAAAAUAAGAACAAUCACCUUAGCAACCAGUUAAAGAAAAUGUCAAAGGUGCCAGCUGCUACGAAGCACAUUGCAGAACUAGAAGAGAAGCUCAAGCACAAGACGGCGGAAGCCAACCGGCUACGCAAUGACCUCCGCGAGGCCAACAGAGUUAUCGAAGUGAAGCAGGCAACUUGCGAGAAGUUCUCACAGGGUGGCAAGGUCCUGCGAGGCGCCGCUCAUCUCGUCAAAACAAGUCCGAAUACGAAGCUCCCAAAAACAGUAUUUUCGUGUGUCGAAUGCUAUGUCAAGAGUUUGACCUGCGACAGUAGUCCCACCUGUCGCAACUGUGUGGAGAAUGGCGAGAAGUGUUUUCGUUGGCGAUGCAGCCUCAGUGGUGAAUUGCGCUCCCUGACAGGAGGUUUUCCUUCUGGUAAAGCUCGAGAAUUCGCCAUCGUCGACGGUCGUGGUUAG